AUGGUCGAUAGUUAUCAGUUGUCGUCUAUUGAAAAAAUUAAACCUUUAUUCCAAAUGUUGUCUCAUCCUCUUAAAAAGGAAAAUAUUUCCCUUGAUGUCAUUAAAAGUGCUCUGGUAUUAUUUCCUCCAAAUACUGAAGACGCAAAAUGCAAAGACAUAGAUACUGUUCAAGCAGAAAUGGAAAUAUUAAUCGGGAUGUGCCAUGGUAGUGAUUCAAAUACAUUUGACAUUCUUAUAAAUAAAUAUGAAGAAAUGAAACACAUUUUACCAUGGGCUAAUAAAAUCUCAACAUUAUGGGCAACUUUGAAAAACCGUAGAAUUAAUAUCUAA